ACCUACUAUCUUUAUCGGCAAUUCCUGCCUCAAAAUGUCUUGGCCAUUAGGAGUGAUUGUAUUUAUGUGAAAGGGGAAUUGCCCGCAAAGAUCUUAAAACAGGCAGAUAAAUAUCAUAUUACUAAGUAUCAACAAGUAACCUUUUUUGGGGAAGAAAAUAUUUUUAUUCAUGAUACUCAGGAAUUAAAAGCCCGUCUUGUUAAUGAUCCAUCUGCUCGGGAAAAACUAAUUCGGAAAGUAAAAACCAUCCUCCAAGAAUUAGACCAAGAACUAAAAAAUUCUUGCCAAAAAGUCGGUUGUCCACCUACUUGUCGCCAAAUACCUACUUUACCCCAACAAGUUUUAACUCAGUUAAAAAUUAUGGAAAAUCAAGCUGACUGA